AUGCCUUUGAAGUACUACUGCGAUUUUUGCGACAAAAAGUUUUUCGAUUCCCCUGCUGCUCGGAAGCGACAUGUGAACGGCGCCUCGCACCAGCGCAUCAGGAGGCAGUGGUACGCCACAUUCGAGAGUCCGGAGGCAAGUGAGGGACGAGACGUCUAUGCCGGUGCAGACCGCAGGAUCAGAGACCAGGGGAAGGAGGGGGAGAACCGGAAAGGACUUUGUGCUGAGCUGCUGAAAAGAGGCCUUUGCUCCCGCGGUAGCCAUUGUCCUUUCGUCAGCUCCCAUUCUGCCAUGAUCGCAUCUGGUGCAAUCGUCUCUGUUGAGUCACCACCAUAUGCAAACGUACAUGCUGGCAAGGCGUCAUACAUGCCACCAUCUGUAGAAGUUUUUCUCAACAAUUCACAGACCAUGAUACCCCACCACAACACAAUUAGCUCGCAUAGCUCAUAUGAACAUGCCCCUCAGUGGGGAUGA